UGGCCGGUGGUAUCAGCUGUGCCAGGCAGGGCUGUCUCAGGGUGGGGCAGCAUCUCCCUAAGUCUCUUAUCAGUCCCAGAGUCCACAGGACACUCUUGAGUUAACGUGUAAACACACGCCACCCCCACCACCCGUCAAAGCUAUCGGUGCCCACAUGCAGGCCACUGUGGGGGGCCGCAGGUCCGACGUGGACGCCCGGAAGGAGGGGCUGCCCUGGAGACCUCGCUUCUCAGCUCAACACCCACAGCCGCGCGUGGGCCUGGGGCUGCUCCCGUUCUUCCUUGCCUGUGCCGUCUACCUCCUCGUCCAGCGCUCCGUGGACCAGCCGUCCAGGGUCAGCGCCCUGCUCAAGAGCCUGCCCGUCCUCUACCUGGCGGGGCUCCUGGGGACCGCGCACCCUGGUGGGGGCUACCGCUCACUCCUGCAGGCGGCCCUGCUGUGCUCGGCCGUGGGGGACGCCUGCCUCGUCUGGCCUGAGGCCUUUCUCCACGGCAUGGCUGCCUUCAGCCUGGCCCACCUGCUCUACCUCUGGGCCUUCGGCCUCACGCCCCUGAAGCCUGGCCUCCUGCUGCCCGUCCUCCUGGUUUUUGCCCCCUACUUCGGGUUCCUGCUUCCUCACUUCCUGCCCCACCUGGUCUGGCCUCUGCUGGUUUACUCCACAGUCCUGGUCUCCAUGCUGUGGCGUGCCCUGGCCCGGGGUGAGAGUGCCCGCUGGGGUGCCCUGCUGUUUUUGUUCUCAGACGCCGUGCUGGCCUGGAACACCUUCUUCCACCAGCUGCCCCACGGCCACCUGCUGGUUAUGACCACCUACUACCUCGCCCAGAUGCUCAUCGCCCUGUCGGCCUUCCAGAGCCCCAGACUCAAGUCCCACUGACUCAGGGCUGAGGUGGGCAGACAUCCGCCCCCUCUCCUCCUGCAAGGAUCUGACCCCCACCCCAGACCAGUAAAGCCAGAGAAACAGCCUUGAGGGCUAGAGCCAGUCCCCCACACUCCAGUCUGCCGGUGCCGGUUCAUCUGGAGACUCAACCGUUCCUGGAGUUCUGAGUCCACCACCGAGUUCCCACUGCCUUCCCUGCAUUCUGAUUUCCAGGCCCUCAGCCAGACCCAUGCUGGGUCCCCCCCAGCCCCUGGCCUACUUCUGUGACUCCAAAUGCUCUCCGCGUGUCCCCUUCCCGGUGGCCCUGAUCUGUUCUUCUGUUGCUUAAAGUAAAGUGGGUGUCGAA